AUGGCUAAAUCAAAACCUGAGCCGGAGCUUGUUUUUGAACGGAAGAACAAGAACCUGCUCAAAAUCCCUAAAAAUGCGCGAAUUGAGAAACGGCCAAUUCCUCACCCCCCAGCUGCAUCGCCUUAUGCAGGAGCCAGUGUACCCAAGGUCGUCUACGUCUCGACCAAGUCUCCGUUUAUGAGCAUUGCGAAGCGGGUCCAAAAAUUGUUAAGGGAAGCUGAAAAGCGUGCUACACAGAGUGUUCGCUUGGGAGAUAAGAAGGGAUCUGGCAAGGACAAGCUUACACAGCUCAAAGAUGCCUCAGAGGCUUUACGAAAGGAGCCAGUUUUUAUCAAAGCGACGGGGCGUGCCAUUGACAAGGCGAUGAAAGUAGGAAAAUGGUUUGACGAAAAGGAUGGGUUUACUACAAAAGUGAAGACUGGAACAGUCAUGGUGGUAGAUGACAUUGUUCGAGAUGAGGUGGUGGAAGAUGAAGAGCGGCCUAUAGAUGGUGCCCAAGAAACUGACGAUCCCGAAGAUGCAGCAUCCAAGGUGGGCGCUGCUGCAAGAAAGCAGGGAAGGAACAACGGCAAACCUGAUAACGAAGAUGGAUCAGAUCUGCCGGACUCAAGAACUCGCUGGGUGAACAUGGUAGAAAUCACAGUUACUAUGGACUGA